AUGCUGACAGUGUGUUCACUGUUCCUUCCGCGAAAAGAUUUGCCUUUUCGUGCUGUCCCAUGCAACGGUCCAAAUGACCUUCGAGGUCGUGAAUUGGGUAUCACCGGGUUUGGAAUUAUCGCCUUCAGUUGUGCCCACCACUUCGCUUUAAAGUCUUCCGAAAAUGGGAGCAGAUAUUCGCCGAUUCAGGCUAAAUGCUUUUGGCUAUCCGGACUGGACAGUCAGGAGGAGGCUCAGAAGAUAGAUGAGGAACUCUUCACCGAAUACGCCUUUUCAGUUGAUCAACUUAUGGAGCUUGCGGGUUUCAGUUGUGCUGUCGCUAUUUAUAACGCCUAUCCUCGCUCUUCAAUGAAGAACUCAGACGGUGGAGUUUUAAUCUGCUGCGGUCCUGGAAAUAACGGCGGUGAUGGAUUGGUCUGCGCUCGCCAUCUCAAACUCUUUCCGUCAACGGCGAAACAAGCGGUUGACAGCUGCAUCAACCGAAGGCAGGGAGUUGUGAUGGCGGGUAAGACGCCAAGCAGGAAGGCAAAUCCAUCCUUGUUGCUUAUCUUCAAACGAUUCACCCCUUGGACAUCGCACACCUCUGAGGCGGGCGGACUGUAG